AGCGUCCGCACCAAAAAAUCUUCACCGGAAUUCCAAAUCCCCUCUGCGAGCCUCACCGAAAUCGCGUGAAUCCUGAAACAUCAGCAGCCGCUCGUUCCAUCCUAGUUUUUUUUUUCCUUAUCCUCGCCCCGUGUCAGCUUCAAGUUUUCGGGCUUUGAUGGCGGGAAGUUCCGGCCAUGGCGGUCCGCUCCAUGGCAGAGCUGUUCCCUUCCGAUCGCACCAGGGCCUAAUGCGGAGAGCGGCAGUGGCGGCUCGGCCAGAUGAAAUCCUGCUGCAGAUCGAUCCGGUGGAUGGUGGAUUGGAUCACGAGGUCGUCGGUGGUCUCGGCAGGCAAGUCCACCAAUUGAGAGACGUAGCCCAGGAGAUAGACAGAGAGGGGAAGUUCCAGAAUAACAUGCUCAAUCAGCUGCAAUUGAUUCUGAUCAAAGCUCGAGCAGGUGUGAAGAACAAUGGCAGGAGACUGAACGAGAGCAUUGUCCAGCAUGGCUCAAACAAUGUCAUCCACAUCAUCGUCUUUGCAAUGAUUUGUUUCUUCCUGGUCUACCUCUGGUACAAAAUAUCUGGAUGAUGAGGAGUUGGCACUUUGCUUCAACGCUACGUUAGACGUAUUCCCUAGAUUCAGAUUGCUCUAGAUGUAAUUGUACAGACAUACAUAGGA